GGGUAACCCUGCGAUGGACUAGCAUGCCGGGCUUGAAUAGAUGCUGAAUCAUGUUAAUGCUUUCGGCUUCUAGAAAGAAUCAUCGCUGUCAGCGUCCGGUAGUCUCUUGGGAUUCAGUAGCUCCUUGUCAGUUGACAUAAAAAAGUUUAGCGAAUCCAAUACAGAUACAGCUAGUUUUACUGAGAACAGGAUGGUAUUCUCCUCUGGAGGACACAACUUGCCUGAACCCAUUGGAUUGCAGCUGAUGCCUAUUGACAACGCUGUUGAAGAUAGUUUUUUCAGAGUUCUUGACCAGCGAUACCGAUGUCGAGGUUUGGCACAGCGAAGAAGUAACGUGAAAAGGAUCUUACGGGAAUACCCUAGGAUAAAAGGGGCUUCUAAACCUCAAGAUCCUGAUGUGCGCAUUCCUCUUACUUGGCCAGUCGGUACCUAUGGUCUCCCCAUGACAAAGUCAGGAUGUCCGAAAGGAACGUUUUGGCACAAAGGGACCCGUUACCAUGACACCGAGGAUAAUGCCUCAAACAACUAUUGGUCAAAUCCCUAUGAUUUAGCAGGACACGUUAGUAAAAGUAACAUGGAACAAAAGUUCUGCAUGAAGACCAGAGCUGAAACCUCAAAAUACAACCUCCCCUGGCCCAAAGGACAAUACUGCAUCUACAAGAAAGGAAAUUGCCCUCAAGGCUUCAGGGAUGGAUACAUUUAUUGGGAUGACGAAGAUGACAACAACAAUAACUGGCGCAGCGGUCAGCUACCAGACGGCAGUUAUGACAGAAACACAAACAUCUAUUACUGCUGCCGGGAUGAUGGAUAUGCUACUAAGGCCAUUUAUCUCCCAAUUGACACUCCCUUCGUUUUGCUCAAGUCUGGUAACCGUCAUUGUCAGAAUGUCCAUGGUGUCAACACGCGAGAAGAAUUCUUUCGUUGGGACAGUGAAGACGAUUCACCGCAUGCCAUGGCAAAAGGGAAACACCCCUUUCUGGAAUACCUGGGCAACAAAAAUCUGAAAGUCCACUACUGUUAUUAUUAUUAACAGGGAUAAAAAUGGGGAUAGGACGUACGCAUCGUCACAUGAAAUGCAUGCAAAGUAGUUGACUGGAAGUUUUUCAUACAUUAAAGCUACGCGCUGAAAAGGAAUAAUGAAAAUAAAAGUGCAAGGCACAGUUCUUUCUGCUUUUAACGCCAUUGUUUUUUGGGGGAAUAAUAAAAGUGACCCAACCAGUUCUACCAUUUAUUUGCGCCUUGGUUACAUGUUUGACUCGCAUUUUUGGCUAGCUACAGGCAAGAGUUAACCGAUCUCUUUCAAUUUGACGUCCUAACUGAGGAAUGCUUGAAUCUGAAGUAAAACCUUUUUUUAUUGUGGGAGCAAAAGCAAUUCAGAUAUCGGCAAAUUUUUAACAUCUCGUCUUUACAAAGAAACUCCCAUAACCUUAGAAAUCCAAUGGCAUAUUUUCUUUGCCACUUUAUGGAACAAAUUAACCUCGCGUCUCUCAAGUUUUUACCUGCACAUUUCGUGAUAAUCAUGACCAUGCACUAAAUCACUACACGAAAUGCUGGUUAAAUUUAUUCUGAGGUAAGCUAAUAGACUUUGCAUAAUUGGCGCCUAAAUUUGAAUGACCGUGCUGAUGCUUAUUUCACUCGUCACCUUUUUAUUACCCACACUUUGUUCCUCCGACCUAUCUCCAAUUUAUCUCUUUCUGUCCAAAAAAAUACCUUAGUGCGAUAAAAAGCCGCAUCUUAGUUUCCCUUUAACGAGAAAUGACGCCGCCAACUUCUAGAUACCAUUUUUCACUGCAGUGUUACCACCUUGUGUUGGGUACUAUAAUUAUUCAAGAUCUUUGUCGUAACAUUCCCUGUGAGGAGUUUGCCAGUAAGAGAUGAGAAUUGAUAAACGAAAAUUCGCUUUAAAAAUGUGAUGAUUCCUGGAAAGAUUUUACUUUCGCUAAAAGUAAAUGCACUUAUUUGAGAUGCCAAAAAAUCAUAGAACUCGAUAAAUCUUUCCCACCAAUAAUCGGGCCAUGUCAAGACCAGGCGUCAGUUUCUCGAAAGUCCCGGAAACUUUUCGGGUCCGCAAAGCGAUUUUUAGCUAAUCUGUAUCGAAAAAUAGAGAGGUGUGUACGCAUGAAACUUCUUAUAUGAAGGGAACCUCUGUUCAUAUUACAAAUACGUGAAUAAAGCAGCUCUGUAAUAUCAUAAGGUUGGAGAUUGCUAUGGCUUUCUGCAUGCGAAAACCUUUCGCGAGCUUGGAGAAACGAGCCCCAGAUUUUGAUGUCAAAAGGAUACCACUUAUCCCUUACAAUGGGUUCCCAGCGGAAGAAUAUUGGCGGAACAUUCAGGAAACGUUUGUGUAAAUCUUGCAUUUUUAUGUGAACUCCUAUCUAGAUUGGGUGAGGACCAUACUCGGGAAGGAGACCGCAAGUACACAGCAAGUCCACAGCGUGCGCGGUUCCCCCUAUCUUACAUAAAUAGAAUUCUAUUAUAUAAAAUAAUGAA